GGAUGCCUUCGUUGUUUCCAUAGGCAACUGCCUGACCAUUUUUUUUUCUGGUUUUGUGAUCUUUGGCAUAAUUGGCUUUAUGGCUCAUGAGCUGGGGUGUGCCCUUGACAAAGUUGCAGUGCAGGGAGCGGGCCUGGCGUUCGUGGCUUACCCCGAGGCCGUGGCCCGCCUGCCUCUGUCUCCGGUGUGGUCCAUCUUGUUCUUCGCCAUGUUGCUGACUCUGGGUCUUGGCACGCAGUUUACUAUCCUAACUACCAUCAUCACCACCAUUACUGAUGACUUCCCAGCCCUGCGCGGCAAGAACUUCAA